AUGCUCAUUUCGAAUCUACCCGCCCGGCCCGACGCGUCGACGCCAUGGAACAAGUGGGCCGUCCCCACCCGGUCUCGGUCGCGCUCCCGCUCGAGGUCGACGAGCAGCAGCAGUGGGGGCAGCGAUGCGAGCCGGCGCUCAGCCGCCGGAGGAGGCGAGCGGACGCCCGUCGCUAAGAAAAAAUCGGUGCCCCAGGUUCCCGGCGGGACCACCACGUUUUUUGGCAACCUGACCGGGAUCAUGACUGGGGGCAUCGCGAAUCUGAAGGUGAAAAAGACGUCGGCCAAUCGAAAGGGGAGCAGCAACGAGAAUAGCGGCGGCAGGACCAAGUAUCACAAGCUCCCGAAGUCGCCAGGAGGCAAGAAGAGGUCGAAGAACAAGGGCGAAGCCUCGCGGGAAGUUCGAGAAGGACAGACGGUGGUGCCUCGUGGUCCUGAUGGGCAGACCGUUGUUCCGCGAGGGCCCGACGGGAUGACCGUCACCCCCUCGUGCCCCGGAUGUGCCCAAGGAGCCCGUGAGCCGAAGGUGAAGGCGAUGGAGCUGGACGGGGGCCAGAACUGCGCGACGCUGCCCCCGGGCGCCAAACCCGAAGACUUUGCCCGCCCCGAGGGUGCCGGUACCGACUUUGUCCUCGACCUCGGGCCCCCGAAG